AGUAUCGGAUUAAAUGAAGUAUCAAAAGGGCAGAAAAACGAGCGACGAGAACGUGACCGAAAUUAUUCCAGAAGAAAACGACUCGCGGAACGGGAACGCGAACGUGUUUUGGUGGCCAGUUUUUUCCCCUACUUUUAUUUGUGUGCAAAACUAGCUGGGAUUUGUGAUAUUUUGGGGGGGAAAAGUGCAGCGGCUGCACCCAGUUUUGGCUGCAACUUUAAUUCAACUUCCAAUCCCGGUUCCUGCCAACUAAAAAAGACAGUAAAAAAAUUAAAAUAAAAGCCACCGAGGCCACCAAACGGGGGCGUCUCUUGCUAGUGUUCGUCUUUCUCAGUGUGUGCGCGUGUGUUGUCUGUGUGUGUGUGUGGUUUAGUGUGCGUGUUAGCCAGAACAAGUUGCAGUACAGGUGCGACUGUGUGCGUGUGCUGGAUGUCUGCGGUGCUCUUUUUUAUUUUCCCAGCCCAGCACCACCAGCACACAGGUGAAAUAUCGGUGCAGCGCGCGCUGCCUUGGCAACAACAAUAAAGAUACACCACCACCACCACCACCCUACAACAACAAAAAAGGUGGAAGUAAAAGAUACAAAGUAGUAAGCCAGCGAAAAUGCUGCGUUUUUUAAGCCGUCGCAAGGUGCGCAACACUUAUGCGGAUAAUGUUAGAGGGGGCGGCGGCGGAGGUGGUGCCCCGAUGGGCGGUGGCGUCGGCGGUGCUGGAGCCUUGGCCAGCGGGUCACAGAUUAAGCCGCAGCGCAUUGUGGUCAACAAGAACAAGAUCGACUGCCGCGUCAUUCUGCUGGACAACACUGACCUUUCCAUCGAAUUAUCGAAAAAGGCACUGGGCAGCUUCCUAUACGAGCAGGUCUUCUACGCUCUGGAUAUAAUAGAAAAGGAUUACUUCGGGCUGCAGUUCACGGAUGCCAAUCAUGUGAAGCACUGGCUGGACCCCACUAAGCCGAUUAAGAAGCAAGUCAAAAUCGGACCUCCCUACACAUUCCGUUUGAAGGUGAAGUUCUACUCUUCCGAACCGAACACACUCCGGGAAGAGCUUACUCGCUACCUGUUCUUCCUGCAACUGAAGCAGGACCUGCUGGAGGGAAGGCUGGACUGCCCGGAUGACAAAUCCACAGAACUCUGUGCCCUGGCCCUGCAAUCUGAGCUGGGCGACUUUGACGACCAAGUACACUCGGCGGCCACCGUCUCGGAGUUUCGCUUUGUGCCAGAGCAAACAGAGGAUUUGGAAAUAUCCAUUCUGGAGGAGUACAAGACCUGCCGCGGCCUUACUCCGGCUCAAGCAGAGACUGCGUUCCUGAACAAGGCCAAGUGGCUGGAUAUGUACGGCGUGGACAUGCACACGGUGCUGGGAAAAGAUGGCUGCGAGUACCACCUGGGACUAACACCCACUGGUAUACUGGUCUUUGAGCGGGAUCAGAAAAUAGGACUGUUCUUCUGGCCGAAAAUAAGCAAGCUUGACUUUAAGAAAAAGAAGCUCACUCUCAUCGUGAUCGAAGACGAUGAUGAGGGCCGGGAGCAAGAGCACACAUUCGUGUUCCGUCUCUACAACGAAAAGGCUUGCAAGCACUUGUGGAAGUGCGCCGUGGAACACCACACGUUCUUCCGGCUUAGGGCACCAGUGAAGGGUCCUUCUGCGCGCCAGAACUUCUUCCGCAUGGGCUCCCGCUUCCGGUAUUCUGGACGCACUGAGUUCCAGACCACACAGCAGAGUCGGGCCAGGAGAACUGUCCAGUUUGAGCGGCGACCGUCUCAACGGUUCGCCAGCAGGCAAUCGCACCUGUUGCGUGAACGGCAGAAGGCCUCCCAGGAGUCUGCUGCUUCCGCUGUGGCUUCCGUUAAUGCUCGUGCUGCCGCAGCGGCGGCGGCAGCUGCUGCUUCCUCUCCAGCAGCUUCAAUUUUGCCUCCUGUGGCAAGUUCUAAAAUAUCAUCGCCACCUCCAAGCAGCGAGAACAACAACGAUGCCUUCGAUUCGCUCAUUUCCACCGACAACUUUAUAACCGUAACCCCUUCACCAUCAGUGCUCACCGUAAUCCAAAACUCGGCCAUUAUUGAGCCGGAUGCGGCCUGCAGCGGUUCGAUCAGUUCCUCUUCCCAAGCAGCAGCUGCCACCUGUGCCUCGCUGGGCCGCAACUCCCUAAAAUCCAACUUCAGCAACGAGGAUCCGGCCUACAGCAAGAUUGGAUCCAUCGGGAAGGCGGCAGGCUUGACUGUUAGGUUGGACUCGGAGUACACCCCACCCUAUUCCCCGAACUCCACCAAGAACUUUGAUGAGACCAAUCCUUUCCGAAAUGCUACUGCUUCGCAUCACGGCAGCUUUGGCAAGGCUUCCAUUAGCUCCGGCCAGCUCAGUGUUAAGAGCGGCUUGUCGGAUAAAGAUAGAGAGCUAGACUCAUUGCUUAAGUCCAUUGUCAAAGAUCCAUCCCCAUCAGUGCUAGCCAAUGAAGCCAUUAACGAUGCUAACAGUAUCAGAGUGACCAUCAACAAGACCUUUGACAUGGACCACCAUACGGAGACACUGAAGCGCCUCUCGAACACCAACGAGAAGCCCAACAACCAAGUGAAACUGGCCAACGUAAGCACCACGGCCCUGCCGCCCGGCAACAUCAAGUGCAAUAUCCUAAAGGCUCGCGUCGAGGAGGAGCUAGGCGCCGGAGGCAAUGCUAAGCUCACCAAUCAGAUGUUCGUGCCCGCCGCCCACCCCAGCACGAUGCACUCGAGCAACAGCAACAUGAACAGCGGCAGCGACGGACCGGAUUCCCUGAACGCCACCUACAUAUCUGUGGGAGGCGAUAAGCUGACGCUCAGCAUACCGGAACAGAAGCCAUCGACGGGCAGCAGCACCGCCGCCAGCAGCAGUUCCAGCACAUCCAGCACCACGAAUGGCAAUCCAAACUCAUCCUUUAGCAAUGCCACCUUUGUGUCCGGAUUCAAUGCACCACUCACGCCGCCCUCGUCGCUGCCCAUCAAUUUGAAUAAUACGGGAGGCGUGUCCACCAGUGUAACCACCAUAAGCACGCCCAGCAGCCCCACGGCCAGUGUUAGCACCGCAGCCACGGAAACUCUGGUUCCCACUCUAAGCAACGCUUCGGCAGCCGAAAUACUCAUUAAUGAAAUAUUCAUUAACAACAUCAUAAACAACAAUGCCAACAGCAGCACCACCACUACCACCAGUGGCAUUUCCAAUGACUCUGCUCCAAAGCCGGCGGGCAGUUCGACGCCCAGUGCCGGCACUCUGCUCUUCUCCACGCUCAGUGAACAGGAGCGUCUGGAGACGCAGAAAACAAACGAACAACUACAGAAACAAAAUCUGAAUUCGAAUCUGAACCUGAAUCCGAAUCCGAGUCAGAACCAGAAUCACAGUGAAGUCGAUGCGCCGCCAAGUGAAAAGAAAAACCCGAGCAAUUACCCGGACAACAGCCGCACUCCGUUUCCGUCGAACAGCAGCAAUGGAAACAGCAACAUGAACAGCAACGAAAUGGUAUCGCCCUGGCUGGUAUCAUCGGAGGUGGUUUCGGCCCCCAAGGGACGCGAGCCGACCAUCAUUCGCAAAUCCGUUAUUACAACCCAGUUGUAAUUAUUGUUUAACUGUAACAAUCCCUUCUUCGUUUGUAAGCUAAAUGUUCGUAUUUAUAUUCACUAGCUAUGGAAAUCUAGACAGAUGUAACGUAUUCGUAUUUUACCUUAGACAACUUAGACAAGUUUUAAGCAUUCCGUGCGCUAGCAACGAAAUAUCGACAAUGUAAGAGAGCAGGUCCAAUCAAAAGCAAACUGUCCAUAAAUGUGCCUUAAUGAUCUAUCUAUAUAUAUAUUUAUAUCUCGUACGGUACGAGUCGAGUCGUACAUAUAUCAUAUACACUUCAAUGAUAUCGAGGAAACGAAAUGUGCUAAACCAUGUACUUAAUAAAAGUAUUCAUUCCAUUAAUGUAAGUGUAUAGACUGGAUUUUUAACGAAAACAAAAAUUGAAAACCAACGUGAUGAUGAUGGGCGUUCUGCUUAAUGUACUAGGCCUAUAUUAUAGCUAGGAGAUGUGAGACAGUUUUAUGUGCAGUAUUCCCACUAACAACUAACAGACCACUAAGAACAACGAAAUUUUCAACUGCAACAACAACCCAAUUGACUGAAAGUGUAUACAAACAAAAUUUAAUUGAAUGUUACUGUGCGAGUAUUUUUGUAAUUGUAUUGCCCGCAGGGGGUCCUAGAAUCAGGUAAUGAAAAAAACAAAACAACUGGCUUACCACUCACCCACAAAAUGUUAAGUGCAAGCAAUCCACUCAAUAAUUUUUCUCUAAGCAAUCAUAGGCGAUGCUGAAGCAUUUAAAUGUAUAAAAUAUUCAAUAAAAAGUGCAUUUAUGCACCAUGUAUACAGAAUAGCAA